UAUAUAUAUAAACUCUCUCUAGCUAGCUCUCUGCAAAUCAAACGCUUAAAGGAACAAAUCAUAUAUGUAUUUUUUUUAUUCUGUACAAUACAGGCCACACCUCUGCCCCAGAAUGCAACCAUUUAUCUUGUUAUUCUGGCUCCUCUUCCUCCAUACUUGCUCCCAAACAUUUUGCCAAUCACCAGCCCAGUCACCAGCAGCGACUCAGACAAAGGCACCAGUGCCACCGCCACCCCCAGCUGGCCCUACAGACACCCUCCAAAUCCUCUUAAAAGCUGGCCGCUUCUUAUCCUUCGUCCGCCUGAUGAAAGCUACCCAUGUGGAUACCCAGUUAUUUUCCCAGCUUAACAGCUCAACCGAUGGCAUAACCAUGUUUGCGCCAAAUGAUAACGCAUUUACAAGCCUAGUUGCUGGGGCCGUAGGCUCCCUAAACGAUAGAGAAAAACUCGAGUUUGUGCAAUUUCACAUACUACCGAGAUUUCUUUCAAUUUCCGAUUUCCAGACUCUAAGUAACCCUGUAAAAACCCUGGCAGGAUCAGACCGGAAGUUCCCACUUACUAUAACCACCAGUGAUAACUCAGUGACAGUAAGUUCGGGGCUUACGAAAACAAGCAUAUCAAACACUAUAUACACAGACAAGCAGGUUGCUAUUUAUGAGGUCGACAAGGUGCUAGUUCCUAAAGAUCUUUUCCCACCGGCGCCUCCAGCUCCAGCACCGGCAAAGCCUCUUGCAGAGCCUGAUUCUGUUGCUCCCAGGGAUGCUUCUAGUGCACUAGUUAUUGCUUGGCAACAUCGUGUUAACGUUGUGCUCUUCGGGGCUGGCCUCUAUAUAGCUGCUCUAGUAAUGGAUCCAUAAAAUAUUUUUAAGUGGGGCCAAUGACUCAAAUGGUAUUUAUAAUACUCCUUACAUAAUGAAAAUGUAAGCGUUGCAUAAUUUUUUUUUUAUAUAAUUCUGCCUUAAUUUUUUUC